AUGUUUCAUCGCGGUGUCAAAGUUAUCAAGCCAAAAGUAAGCCGUAAGAAACGAGAAGAAGUCAAAACAACCCCUGGGAAAUCCGUGUCCUCCAAGAAGUGUUCUCAGGACGUUAAAACAUCGUCAGAUUUGAGUUCGGUUACAGGGCCCAUCCAAUCAGAGGGCAAGACCGAAGGCGAUGAGCUAUCAUCUAUCGGGGGCUCCGUUGACAAGCUAACUCGUUCUAGCCCUCAGUCGGCCGGAGAUGAAUCGAACAAGUCAGCAACAUCUAAUCACGUAUCAUCUAAAGAGACUGGUACAAAAACCAGUUCGUCGUCAUCAUCAUCGUCAUCCUCUUCAACAAAACCGAUGAAAAUUGAGAUCAGUGAGGAGCAGCUGUUUGUGCUUGACGAUCCGCAGACAGUAUACGUGUGGAUCUACGAACCCCCGCCCGGUCUGUUCAAUUGGUUAGCCGGUAGUGCGCUUCUGCUCGGGAUCAUACUUUGCUGCCUGUUCCCGAUCUGGCCGGCCGAAUUGCGUUCCGGGGCCUACUACUUGACCCUGCUCGCCUCGGCCGUGUUCGGUCUGUUAAUCGCGGUCGCUCUGAUUCGUCUUGUCCUCUAUCUGGUCUGUUGGAUCUGCACCCUGGGAAAAUACGGGUUUUGGUUGUUCCCCAAUUAUUUCGAGGACUGCGGUUUCUUCGAAUCUUUUCGACCAAUCUACUCAUGCACACCAAUCACAGCGGACGGCGUGGAGACGAAACGUUCCAAGGAGAAAUCCCGCUCCAAGGUCACAAACAGCGGCGCUGGUCGUCUGAAAGCGAGCAAGGAGGAAAUGGGUAAAGUGGACUAA